AUGACGUCACAGCUCUGGUCCUCAACUCUAUGGGUCGAUUCUGGCAAUACAUGGCAUAAACGCCGUGUUCCAUACAAACAAGAUGCAACAUACCUUCACACCCUCGACAUUUGGCAACCAAAAUCUCUCGGAGGGUCUUCACUUCCGACAGCAGACGUGCUGCCUCACGGCAAAGGCCCUUGGGUCGUCUAUAUCCACGGCGGUGCAUGGCGAGAUCCACUCGUUGACUCCUCGUCCUUCGAAGCUACUGCCCUCAAACUUCUGAGCGACAAGGACACACCUAUCGCAGGCGUUGCAUCAAUCAAUUAUCCUCUUUCAGGCCAUCCAAAUCAUCCUACGCACCCCGCGCCACCUCGCGAUGCUUCGGAGCCUGUUGAUGUUGCUCGACAAGCGAAACAUCCUGACCACAUAAUCGCUCUACUCACGGCCAUCUCAUUUCUGCAAAUGAUCUUGGGGUAG